CAUAGCCCCGCCUGAUCAGUUCCGGCAUUUUGGCUCCGGAAGUACAGCAAGUCUUGAUUCACAGGAAAAGGAAAAAAACAGCUGUUGUUGGAAAACAAAACCUCAAAAAUGCCUGCCCCUAAAAGACAAGAAUCUUCUCAGGAUCCUCAAGCUAAGAGAAGAAAGGUGGAUCAGAAUGAAGCGGCCGUGCCAUCCAACAAAACAACACCAGCCCCGGCAACAUCAAGCAAUCCCCACAGAGCAGCACCUUUGCAGAGGAGGAAUAAGAGAAAGCUACCAGCACAACUAAAAGAUGGAAAGAAACCAUCAAAGUCAAGCCUCCAUUCCUCCAAAACCCAAAAGGCCAACCCCAGGACCAAGUCCAAUCCCUCUGCUAAGAAUGCCAAGCUGCUUAAAACCACAAGUGCCUCCUCAACAAAUCCCAUUUCCAAAGGAACCCUAAAAAGACCUGCCAAGAUCUGCAACACCGUUUCCACAGAGUCAGUCGAGGAGCUAAUCAGAACUCGCAAACCCCAUUGCAUCAGAAAAUACUCUAAUGGGGAUAGAGGUAAGCGUAAAGGGUUGCUGUCCAACCCAAACGAAGCAGAACUGGCCUCAGACCCUGUGCAGAUGGAUCACAAUUAUGUUAUACCUCCUGCGUCACGGGGUAGUUAUUCUGAAAGAGAAAUCGAGGGAAUGGAAAGGAAACGAUUCAAAGAGUCCACAGGAGGCCCAGAGAGCCAAAGAAAUGUGGAGGUGGAAACUGAUGUUUCCUCCAAACCUUUGCAAUCUGAACUGGUGAAGCGGAGCAGUGAGGACCUUGAGGUGCAGGAUACUUUUACGGCCUCUAUUACAGAUAAAAAGAGUGAGAGACUAGAGACCAAGCCUGAUUCAGAAACAGUGUGUCCUCUGGCUAUAGACACAUGCCCUGCAAACAUUUUACUCCCAGUCCCUGAGCAGUUGAACCAGGGCAUUGAGAAGCAGGAAAUUCUGGAAGAUUCUGGGAUCAUACCUACCCAUAACAUUACUGAGAGUAUAGAGACUAAACCUGACACAAAAGCAUCUUGCCCUUCACCUACUGUUGCAUCCACGGAGAAGGUUUCCGACUCUAACCGUGAGCAUGUGAACCAGAGCUGUGAAAUGCAGGGUGAUUCUAUGACCUCACCUACAGAUGAUGUUAAUGACAGUGUAGACACGCAGGCUGGAAAACAACUUACUGCUCCAGAACCUGUACCUGAACAGGUAAAGCCAAGCAGUGUGAACCAGCAAGUUCAGGAGGAUUCUGUGACUAAACCAGAAGUGCAGGAUAAUGGAUGUGAAGGGACCAAGGUUGUAGAACAAUGUAUUUCUCCAGAACCUGUACCUGAAAAGGUCGAGUCAAGCAGUGAGAAACAAGAAGUUCAGGAAACUUCAGUAAUCACCCCCACAGAUCAAAUUACUGAGAGUGUAGAGAGCGAGCUUGGAGAACCACUUAUUUCACCAGGCCCUGUACCUGAACAGGUAAAGACCAGCCAUGAGAACCAGGAAGAUUUUGUGACAUCACCAGCUUGUCAACUUAUUCAAAGUGUAGAGACCAAGUUUGGAGAACAGUUGAUUUCUCUAGACCCUGUACAUGUUCAAGGAAGGCCAAGUGAUGAUGAGCAGAACAUACAGGAUAAUUCAAUGACAACCCCUAAAGAUCAAAUGACUGAGAGUGUAGAGAGCAAGCUUGGAGAACCACUUAUUUCUCCAGACCCUGUACCUGAACAGAUUAAACUAAUCAGUGAGUACCAGGAGGGUUCUUUGAACUUAAUGGCAUAUCAAGUUAAUAAGAGUGUAGAGACCAAGCUAGGAGAACAACAGAUUUUUUCAGACCCUAAACAGGUAAAGCAAAGCAGUAAGCAGCAGUGUGAUCUGGAGGAUUCAAUGUCUACCCCAACAAAUGAAGUUAAGUGUGUAGAUAGCAAGAUUGAUGUUCAUUACACUUAUACAGCCCCUGUAUUGGAACUACUGAAACAGAGCACUGAGAAACAAGAGAUGCAGGAAAAUUCCUUGACCACCCCUGAGGAUAAAGUUCAUGAAUUCUUAGAAACUAAUGUUGAUGUAAAGAUAUCUCCCCCAGUUAUAGGCCUAGUAGCGUAUAGCAGCAGUAGUGAUUCUGAAAGCGAUAGUGAGGAAAAUGAAAGGAAGGCUGUGAUGAAAUCAAGAGAAGUGGAGAUGAAAAUUGAAGAAUCUUACCAGGAGGCUUCAGAACCCUUACCUGAACUGUUGAAGCUGAGUUGUGAGUCACUCCAAAUGCAGCAAGAUUCAAUGACCAUCCCUACAGAAGUCAUUGAGGGUCCAAUUACCUUAACUAGUGAGAGUGUAGACACCAAGCUUAAUGCAAAUAUGAAUUCUCCAUCUGCAGAUGUAUCUUCAGAGGAACCUUCAUGUUCCUCUUCCGAACAGGUGAAGCAGAGCAGUGAGUCCCAGCAAAUGCAGGAAGAUUCAAUGACCAUCCAUGCAGAGGAAGUUAGUGAGGGUCCAAUGACUCUGACUAGUGAGAGUGUAGACACCAAGCUUAAUGCAAAUAUGAAAUCUCCAUCUGCAGAUGCAUCCUACAAGGAAGCUUCUGACCACCUGCCUGAACUGGUGAUGCAGAGCAGUGAGUCACGGCAAAUGCAGGAAGAGUCAAUGACCAUCCCUGCAGAAGUUAGUGAGGGUCCAACGAUCACAACAAGUAAGAGUGUAGACACCAAACUUAAUGCAAAUGUGAAGUCUCCAUUUCUAGAUGCAUUUUCAGAGAUACCGCCACAUUCUUCACCUGAACAGGUGAAGCAGAGCAGUGAUUCUCAGCAAAUGCAAGAAAAUUCCAUGACCAUCCCUACGGAUGGUGUUAGUGAGGGUCCAAUGACUCUGACUAAUGAGAGUGUAGACACCAAGCUUAAUGCCAAUAGGAAGUCUCUGUCUGUGGAUGUAUCUUCAGAUGAACCUUCAUGUUCCUCAUCUGAACAGGUGGAACAGAGUGGUGAGUCGCAGCAAAUGCGGGAAGAUUCAAUGACCAUCCCUACAGAAGUCUUUGAGGGUCCAAUUACCUCAACUAGUGAGAGGGUAGACACCAAGCUUAAUGCAAAUAUGAAGUCUGCAGAUGUAUCUUCAGAGGAACCCUCAUGUUCCUCAUCUGAACAGGUGAAACAGAGCAGUGAGUCCCAGCAAAUGCAGGAAGAUUCAAUAACCAUCCAUGCAGAUGAAGUUAGUGAGGGUCCAAUGACUCUGACUAGUGAGAGUGUAGAUACCAAGCUUAAUGCAAAUAUGAAGUCUCCAUCUGCAGAUGCAUCUUUGGAGGAACCUUCAUAUUCCUCAUCUGAACAGGUGAAGCAGAGCAGUGAGUCACAGAAAAUGCUGGGAGAUUUGAUGACCUUCUCUGAAGAUGUAGUUAAUGAGGGUCCAUUGACUCAGACUAGUGAGUGUCUCGACACCAAGUUAUAUGUAAGUAUGAAGUCUGAAACUAUAGAAGCAUCUUCAAGGGAUGCUGCAGACCUCUUAUCUGAACAGGUGAAGCAGAGCAGUGAGUCACAGCAAAUUUCAGAGAGCUCCAUGACCAUCCCUAUGGAUGACGUUAUUGAGGAUCCAGUGACCACGACUAGGCAGUGUGUAGACACCAAGCUUGAUACAAAUAUAAAGUAUUUUUCUUUAGAAGCAUGUUCACAUGAAGCUUCAGUUCCUUUACUUGAACGGGUGAAGCAGAACAGUGAAUCUGAGCAAAUGCAGGAAAAUUCCAACACCAUCCCUGUUGAAGUUAGUCAGCGUUCCAUGACCACAACUAGUGAGAGUAUAGUCCCCAAGGUUAAAUUAAAUAUCAAGUCUCCAUCUAUACAAUCAUCCUCAAAAGAGGUUUCAGAUACCGUACCUGUACAGGUUAAACAGAGCAGUGAGUCACAGCAAAUGCAGGAAGAUUUGAAGGCCAUCCCUACAGAUGAAGUUUGUGAGGGUGACAUGACCGAAACGAAUGAGAAUGUAGAUACCAGUCUUAAUGGAAAUAAGAAGUCCUCUCCAUUUGAAGAAGCAUCUUUAGAGGAGCUUUCUGAUUCUUUACCUGAACAGUUGAAGCAAAGCUGUGAGUCACAGCAAAUGCAGAAAGAUACAGAAAUAAUCCCUAUAGGUGAAGUUAGUGAGGUGGACAUGACCACGCCUAAUGAGAGUGUCGCUACCAAGCUUGAUGUGAAUUUCAUGACUCCACCAUGUAUAGAAACAUCUUUUGAAGCUUCAGAUUCCGUAACUGAACAGGUGAAGGAGAGCAGUGAGUCACAGCAAAUGCAGAAAGAUACCGAUAUAAUCCCUAUAGGUGAAGUUAGUGCGGUGGACAUGAUUACGCCUAAUGAGAGUGUAGCUACCGGGCUUGAUGUGAAUUUCAUGACUCCACCAUGUAUAGAAACAUAUUUUGAAGCUUCAGAUUCCUUAACUGAACAGGUGAAGCAGAGCAGUGAGUCACAGCAAAUGCAGAAAGAUACCGAUAUAAUCCCUAUAGGUGAAGUUAGUGAGGUGGACUUGACCACGACUAAUGAGAGUGUAGCUACUGAGCUUGAUGUGAAUUUCAUGACUCCACCAUGUAUAGAAACAUCUUUUGAAACGUCAGAUUCCUUAACUGAACAGGUGAAGCAGAGCAGUGAAUCACAUCAAAUGCAGAAAGAUACCGAUAUAAUCCCUAUAGGUGAAGUUAGUGAGGUGGACAUGACCACGCCUAAUGAGAGUGUAGCUAGCGGGCUUGAUGUGAAUUUCAUGACUCCACCAUGUAUAGAAACAUCUUUUGAAACUUUGGAUUCCUUAACUGAACAGGUGAAGCAGAGCAGUGAGUCACAGCAAAUGGAAAAAGAUUUGAAGGCCAUCCUCAUAGAUGAAAUUACUGAGGGUCCAAUGACCACCACUAGGGAGAGUGUAGACACCAAGCUUAAUGCUAAUAUGAGGUCUCUUCUAUCUGCAGAAGUACCGUUAGAGGAGCCUUCAAAUUCCUUACCUGUACAGGUGAAGCAUAGCGGUGAGUCACAACAAGUGCAGGAAGAUUUCAAGGGCAUCCCUACAAAUGAAGUUAGUGAAGGUGACAUGACCACGACUAAGGAUGAGAGUGUAGACACCAACCUUAAAGCACAUAUGAAGUCUUCAUCUUCAGAAGCAUCUCCAGAGAAGCCUUCAGAUUUAUUGCCUGAACUAGUGAUACAAAGCAGUGAGUCACAGCAAAUGCAGGACAAUUUAAUGGCCAUCCCUACAGAUUAUAUUUGUAAAGGUCCCAUGACCAAGUGUAGUGAGAGUGUAGCCCCCAAGCCUGAUACAGAUAUAAAUGUUUCUCAAUUUAUAGAAGCAGGAGGGGUUUCACAUCCUUUACCUGAACUGGUGAAUCCUGAAAAGGUGAAUCAGAUAUACAUUGAGAUGCAGGAGGUGCAGGAUGAUUCCAUGUCUAGCUGUGCAGAUCGAGGAAGUGAGUGUGUUGACACCAAGCUUGAUAUUGAACAAAUGUCUCCAUCUGUGGAAGUAGCUUCUAAGGGUACUUUAGAUUAUGUCUCAGAACCAAUGCUGCAGACCAGUGAAACACAGGAAACACAAAAAGAUUAUAUGGCCACCCCAGCAGAUCAAGUGGGGGAAGGUUUAGAGUCAAGUACUAAAAUAAAGUCUCCACGCCUUGAAGCACUUUUUAGUUCUCUAAAGGAGUCCAGUCUUUGCCAACACCCCUUAUCUCAUACAAUGCGCUCAAAUGUCCAAGAGUUUCUAGAAGAGGAUUCUUUAGAAGUUUUGAAAGGUGACAAUGAUGUUGGCGUGACUGAGAGCAUUGGUCGUUUGUUAGACUUGGAGACCCCCAUUAUUGUGGAGGACAUGGAGAUUGGCCAUUGUGUUGUAGAGGUGGUGGGAGAGAAUUAUGUUGACAUGGAUAGUGGUCUGGAUAUCAUAGACAACUCUAAGGUGGUGCCAGAGAAGACAGUGCAGCCCACCAAAGGGCAUGUGGAAGAUUGCCAUUCAGGUAAACCUGAAGAUGGUGCUGGAAAGAAAGGCACAAGUUCAACAAACCAAGAGGGCACAAAUGGCGCAAAGAAGGAAGCUGCUAAAAAGACACCGAGUAUUACAGAUAAACCCAAGAAACAGCAAAUGAACCCCCAGGCACGGACCAAAGCCAGACUAGCAGCGCUAGCUGAGCAAAAGGCAGCUGCCUCAAAAAAAGCAAACAGGCGCCUCAACCUUCUGGCUCUAUGUGAGGAGAUAGCAGACGAUAUCGCCACCGACACCAUGUUGUUUAAGGCUAAGGAGGUAAAGGAGGAGGAGUUGGAGCGGAUUGUGACAGUUAAGGCUGAACCUAGCGAGGAGCCAGAAUGGGCACAGCCUGACACGAAGGCUAAUAUUGUUCCUGUCCCUCUAACUGCUGCCGUUCCCAAGGGGCCCUCAACUCCAGUAGCAGUUCCUGCUGAGCAGCCUGUUCAAGCCAAGCCCCCAGUUCCGGAGCCACCACAGCGACGCUUCUUUAUCAGCCAAGUGACGGUGCCCCUGAAAAUCCAUGAAAAGAAGAAACUUACCAGGUUCCAGAGGCUGCGGCAGGUGGAGCUGCAGAGGGAGAAGAAAAUGUCCUGGACCAUGGUCAAGAAGCUGAAAUCUGAUCAGGCCAAUCAGAAGAUGUUUCCAGAGACUGAGGUUAAAGUGGCCCCUCCGUCACUCUCUACUCCAGCAGCAGCUGUCUUCCCUGUGGCCUCACCACCAACCCCAACCCCCUUGGCCAGUCCAGCAGUACCUACAGUAGCUGCCUCGUCUACUGCCCCAGCCUCGACCAGCCCAGCUGUAAUCCCCGAAGUCGAGCCCCCCAAAGUCGAGCCCCCCAAAGUCGAGCCCCCCAAAGCCGUGACCCCCAAAGCCGUGACCCCCAAAGCCGUGCCCCCCAAAGUCUUGCCCCCCACUACAGGGCCUACUCUUAGAAAGAGGACUCUUCCAGCAGUACCCCCGCCGAUGCCCAAUGGACUCAAAGCUCAGAAAGCCAAGCCUGUGGUAGAAUACAAGCCUUACAAAGUAAGGCCGAAGUACUCUUUUGAUGAUUUUGAAUUGGACGACGACCCGAAACCCACGGUGCCUAAGGCAGUACUACCCACUGUUCAGAGGGCAGCUGUGCCACCUACACCAGAAGCAAAAAAUGGCAAACCCAAGGACUCAAAACCUACUGUGGAGAAGAAAGCUGUACCUACCAUGCAGAAAGCAUUGGGACCUGCUGCACAAAAAACAACUGGACCUACAACCCCAAAAAUGGUAGCACCAACUGUGCAGAAAACAGUUGAACAUACUGCCCCAAAAACUGCAGGACCUACUGCCCCAAAAAACGCAGGACCUACUGCCCUGAAAACGGUAGGACCUACUGCCCUGAAAACGGUAGGACCUGCUGCCCUGAAAACGCUAGGACCUGCUGCCCUGAAAACGGUAGGACCUAAUGCCCUGAAAACGGUAGGACCUAAUGCCCUGAAAAAGGUAGGACCUAAUGCCCUGAAAAAGGUAGGACCUAAUGCCCUGAAAACAGUAGGACCUACCGCCCUAAAAACGUUAGGACCUACCGCCCUAAAAACGGUUGGACCUACCGCCCUAAAAACGGUUGGACCUACCGCCCUAAAAACGGUUGGACCUACCGCCCUUAAAACAGUUGGACCUACCGCCCAAAAAAUAGUAGGACCUAUUACCCCCAAAACUGCAGGACCUACUGCCCCAAACACUACAGGACCUACUGCCCCAAACACUGCAGGACCGACUGCCCCAAACACUGCAGGGCCUAUUGCCCCAAACACUGCAGGACCUACUGCCCCAAACACUGUAGGGCCUACUUGUUCCAAAACAGCGGGACCUACUGCACAAAAGACAGUAGAACCUACAACACAAAAGACAGCAGGAUCUGCUGCUCAGAAGACCACAGGACCUACUGCGCAGAAGACAACAGGUCCUAUCGCUCUGAACCCUGCAGUGACAAAACCCACAGUGCAGAAAUCUAUAGUGUCACCUUCUUCUGUGCCCAAAAAUGGCACGCUUGAGGACUCUAAACACACUGUGCAGAUGGCAGUACAACAAACUGUGCAGAAGACAGAAGUGCCUGAAUCCACUGUACAGACAGAGACAGUGACACCUCCCCCUACCCUGGAAACUGCGGAGAAGGCGGCAUUAACACUUUCUUCUAAUGCUGAGCAGAAAGCAGAAGUGUCCCCAAUGCCAAAAGACUGCAAAGAUCAGGAUUCUGUAGCACCAGUGUCGUCUUCCUCCGAAGAAUCCCGAAGAGAUCCUGUUGUCAAGCGAGAAUGUGAUGAAAAGCCUCCUGCUAUUGAGAUUAAACCUGCAUCCCCAGAUGUUAACCGAGAGAACACGGCCAUGACUGCAGUGGAAAAAGCCACGGACUCCGGGGUCGCUGAAGCGGCAGGUAAUGGCCAGCCCCUCUCUGAGUCACGCCUUCAGAAAGACAUCAAGAAACUACAGGUGGCCGACAAAGACGGAAACCAAGCCAUUAUUGACGCAGGGCAGAAGCACUUUGGCGCGGUGACAUGCAGUGUGUGUGGGAUGCUGUACUCGGCCGCCAACACGGAGGACGAGUCCCAGCAUCUGCUGUUCCACAACCAGUUCAUCAGCGCUGUCAAAUAUGUGGGUUGGAAGAAGGAGAGAAUUCUGGGGGAGUACCCCGAUGGCAAGAUCAUCCUUGUCCUUCCGGACGACCCCAAAUACGCCUUGAAGAAGGUUGAGGAGAUCCGGGAGAUGGUGGACAAUGACCUGGGUUUCCAGCAGGUGGAGACCAAGUGUCCCUCCCAGACCAAAACCUUCUUGUUUAUCUCCAAUGACAAGAAGGUGGCUGGGUGCCUCAUCGCCGAACACAUCCAGGAGGGCUACAGAGUGAUUGAGGAGGCGGGGCCUGAGGGCUCAGAGAGGGAGAAGGUGAUGUUCGAGCGCCAGAGAGCCUGGUGCUGCUCCACCACCCCGGAGCCGGCCCUCUGUGGCAUUAGCCGGAUCUGGGUGUUCAGCAUGAUGAGACGGCGGGGCAUCGCCUCACGCAUGAUCGAGUGUCUCAGGAACAACUUCAUCUAUGGCUCCUACUUGAGCAAGGAGGAGAUUGCUUUCUCAGACCCCACACCCGAUGGGAAACUGUUUGCCACACACUACUGCGGUACCUCGCAGUUCCUGGUUUAUAACUUUGUAAGUGGAACGCGUUCGGACAAACCUGGCUCUAAUGUGGUGUGACCACAGUGGAUUUUUGCUGAGGCCCAGUAAGACUUGCCCUCACCAACCAACCCACCCAUGUCUGGAUCUCGUCAUGGACAUCCUGUCACAAACUUUGUGGCUCUUAUAGACUGAAUGAUUAAACUAAUCAAAGACUACUGUCCUGACUGACUCUUCUGAGGGGAACUCUUGGUUUUUAAUCUCAGGUUGAAAACAACAACAACAACGACGUGUUGUUUAAAAGAAAAUUUUAAUUCUCCCUUUAAUCCCUGCAUAGUAUUUUGAGACAAAUAAUAUUUUUCUUUAUAUGUUUUUUUAAGUAAGAAACAAGCUUUUAUUGGAAGUAUUAAAGAGUUUACAUGCAUGAAACUUGGCAGCAAUAGAAGACAGAGUAUUUCACGAUUCCUAGUUUCGAGUGUUGGUCCCCCCAGAGAUGCACUAAAUUUGACUCAAACGGUCCUAAAACAAUGUUGUCCUGUUCAGAACAUGCAUGUCAUUCAGUUAAUCUUUCUGAGACAGUAAGAAGAUUCUGUAUUAAGAAUAAAGUGUCAAUCAGCAGUUUGAACAAAAACACAGUCCACCACCCACUUUUGUUUGUGUAAAAAGUUGAGGUAUAAAUAGAAUUCUCAAGUCCAGAAAUGGAUGACGCUACUGCUGAUUGCACCUUUUCAAGGUUAAUUCAUUAUGUAUACCCAAGGGGUAGUUCUAACACGCGUCAAUGUUUGUCAUCUGUUUUAAUGCAGUGAUGCUAUAACCACCUCAGUUCUGUUAUGUAAUAGAAAGUACAGUGUUUUUAAGUCAUUUUUCGCACAAUGUUCUCAGUGUGAUUGAAUUUGGUGAAUUUCUUACAUGACCCGUUUAUUUCACGUGAUCUUUCUAAUCUGGCUGCCAUGUGUCCUAAUCAUAUCCAUUAUUAGAAUGGAGAGUCGUACUAGCAGCAAAGGCAAAAAGAUCAUUUUGGUUGGAUUUCUAGGCGGGGCACUUGCUGUAGGGCUCCUCCUAUUCAAGGCACUUAACACAGGUUGCCCCAGAAAUAUAUUUAACUGUAGAAAUGUUAAAUGUGAGCCAUGAUGCAAGUGAAUUAUGCUUGUGUAUGUUUGUGCCUAUCAUGAAUCUUUUACCUGACUGUUAAAUUAUAAUGUUGACUUCCUCAAAGGUUCUCUUCUAAACUGCCCUCAACUGAGCAUUUUUUUACCCCUGAAUUCACAAUCUUAAUGAACAACCAUUUUCUUCUACAGCUAUUUGUUUUUCAAUGAGGUCAUGGAUGUCCUAAACGCAAAUAAUGCAAAUUAAAGUAAAGUCAUGUAAUAGGAAAAAUGAAGCUCAGGGUUUUGGGGUUUUUGAGGGAAUUGAAAACACCAUCCCCUACAUCAAAGAUGAUUAUCGCAGAGCCAUCAAAAAGCGUUUUCAUCCAUUUAUUUUAUAUAAAUUUGAUUUAUUCAUUUAUCACCUUGCCCUUGUUGAAACAUUUUCUUUCAGAGAAAGUUUGUUGUGUAAGAAAACAAAUUUGAUUUAUACAGAGCUGUCAUGUAAAUAGUUAUUUAAAAAUAAACA